GUUGAGAACUGAAGUAAUAAUAUCUAAAAUUAAUCAAAUCUGAAGUGAUGUCAAACUGCAGAGACUUUAAUGGGAGAGUAGUCCUCAUAACGGGGUCGAGUUCUGGGAUCGGGAGAGAGAUUGCACUGUAUUUAUCGAGUUUAGGCGCACAGGUAGUCAUCACCGGCAGGGAUGAGGAAAGAGUUCAAGUGGUGGCCGAAAAGUGCAGAGAAAUAUCGCAACAGAAAGUGCUGGAAGUGGUGGCGGAUCUGAACCGAUACGACGACAUCGAGAGAUUGAUUUAUGAGACCAUCAAUGAGUUCGGGAAACUCGAUGUUCUCGUCAACAACGCCGGGGUCUCCCAGAUAUCACCCAUUUCUAGCCCAGACUUAAUGCAAAUAUACAACACAACGAUGAGUACCAACGUUAAAGGAGUCCUAUAUUUGUCGAGUCUAUCGGUUCCCUAUUUGGAGAAAACUAAAGGCAAUAUUGUCAACGUUUCCAGCGUUUGUGGACUCAGACCCUUGGGACCACUUAUGAUCUAUUGUAUGAGUAAAUCUGCCCUGGACAUGUUUUCGCAAUGCCUGGCACUAGAAUUAGGUGUCAAAGGUAUUCGUGUCAAUAGCAUCAGUCCCGCAUCGGUCCGGACGCCUAUAUUCGACAAAUUCGGUGUCCAGUCCUUCAGUCUUCACAAUAUCAUCGAAAUGACGGCCAAAAGCUAUCCGUUGGGACGCAUAGGAGAGCCCCUGGACUGCGCCAAAGCCGUCGCAUACCUCGCCUCAGAUGACGCCUCCUUCGUGUCCGGAGCCCUCCUGCGAGUGGACGGCGCCUCCCUCUACGCCAACAUCACUGACCCCUCUUAGACCCUCUCAGACCCCAACCAUAUCUGCC